GAACUUUUCUGAUCACCAUUGCUGAAGGGCUACUCCAAAGGUGGUCUCUCCAAAAUGCUGAGGGACGCUUUGGAUUUUAACAGCUCAGGCUCUGGGAGUGAAGGUUCUGUCUUUACAAAGAGUGAGCACAGCAUCAUUGCAGCUUACCUGAUUGUGGCAGGUAUCAUAAGCAUUCUCAGCAACAUAAUAGUUCUGGGCAUCUUCAUUAAGUACAAGGAACUGCGGACACCCACGAAUGCAGUGAUUAUUAACCUGGCUUUCACUGAUAUAGGGGUCAGUAGCAUUGGCUAUCCCAUGUCUGCUGCUUCCGAUCUGCAUGGAAGUUGGAAAUUUGGACAUGCGGGCUGUCAGGUUUAUGCAGGACUGAAUAUCUUCUUUGGAAUGGUGAGCAUUGGCUUACUCACAGUGGUAGCUCUGGAUCGGUACCUGACCAUCAGCUGUCCUGAUGUAGGAAGAAGAAUGACCGGCAACACUUACCUCAGCAUGGUCCUGGGCGCCUGGAUCAAUGGCCUAUUUUGGGCUUUGAUGCCCAUUGUGGGGUGGGCUAGUUAUGCCCCGGAUCCUACUGGGGCUACAUGUACCAUAAACUGGCGGAAAAAUGAUACCUCUUUUGUGUCUUACACCAUGAUGGUUAUUGUGGUGAACUUCAUCGUGCCCUUGACAGUGAUGUUUUACUGUUACUACCACGUCAGUCAGUCCAUGAGACUUUCCGCUGCUAGUAACUGCACUACGCACCUCAACAGAGACUGGGCACACCAGGCCGAUGUAACCAAGAUGUCUGUGAUGAUGAUACUGAUGUUUUUGCUGGCAUGGUCCCCGUAUUCUGUUGUGUGCCUAUGGGCUUGUUUUGGAAACCCGAAAAAGAUUCCUCCUUCAUUGGCCAUCAUAGCUCCACUGUUUGCAAAAUCCUCCACGUUCUACAACCCUUGUAUUUAUGUGGCUGCCAAUAAGAAGUUUCGGAAGGCCAUGUUUGCCAUGUUGAAGUGCCAACCUCACCAGGCAAUGCCUGAGCCAAGCACUCUAGCAAUGGGUGUGCCUCACAGCCCAUUGGCUCCUGCAAGGAUCUGAAAUGCAAGGAAAGAAUAUACCACCAAACAUUCGAUGCGUUUAUUUUUUGGCAAUACGCUGAUUUUGUUUUAAAUGUGAAUCCAUUUAGACCAAGCGCUGACAUAGACUAUUGCCUUGUUGGACUGCAGGCUCCUCCGACACAGCCACCCCAACUUGAGCAGCACUGGCUGCAGAGCCUCACUGUGUCCUCAGGAUAACUAAGUAGCUACACGUGCUUCGUUGGAUCCAGGCACACGAACUACAGUCUCGCUCUCCUUAAAGGGCGCACAUCAUAGUACAUAGAUGACCUGUAACUUGACUAAGGUUUCCACUAGCCAAGAAACAGCUGUCAGAACACUAGAAUAUUUUAAUAAAAUUAUAAUCCUCAAUAA